UUUGCUGCUGUGACACUUGCACGGUGUGCUGAUUCACCUCUCUAACAAUGCUGUGCAGGAGGUGACACCAUUCUGGGAACUGUACUGCUUAUUUCCAUCAUUCUGGAUUUUAGUAAUGAGAAGGCUGUAUAAUCCAAAGGAUGACGCUGUGAAGUAAAUACCAUCUCUGGCCAACAUGUUCAAACACUGGUGCCUUGGUUGUUGUAGUUCCAUCUCACAGAGGGUAAAGCAUUAUUUUCAUGAAAAUGGCUUUGAGCUCAAGAUGCUGUUAUCAUUUGCGGCGCCUCUGGUCUUUAUAAAUGUCAUGGAUUUUCUACCAAUCAUCAUAACUGCCAUGUUUGUUGGACAUAUUGGAAAAUUACAGCUGGAUGCCAUCAUGCUAGCAGUAUCGUAUACCUCAGUGUUUGGAGUUGCGGUGGGACUUGGUUUAAAUGCAGCCUGUGAUACACUCCUUUCCCAGAUUUAUGGAGGAAAAAACAUCAAACACAUUGGGGUCAUUGUCCAGCGAGCAAUCCUCAUCCUGUCUCUGGCAUGUUUUCCGUGCUGUGCCUUCUAUAUCAAUACCGAGAACAUCCUUCUGCUUUGUGGACAGAACAAAGACUUGGCAAGGGAGACUGAAUUGUGUGUUUUGGUCCUAAUUCCGACCCUUCCUGCAUUCUCCUUUUUCCAACUUGAGCUACGUUUCUUGCAAAACCAGGAGAUCAUGUGGCCUCAAAUCCUAAUAAGCUUAUUGGGAAGUAUUGUCGGUGCCAUUGUGAAUUACCUGAUGCUUUUUGUUCUAAAGUUUGGAGUCAUGGGUGCUGCUUUGGCAAUGACCAUAGGAAUAGUUUUUAAAUGCAUCUUGUUGUUUAUCUAUAUUCAAGUGAAAAAGCUGCAUGUUGCAUCCUGGCCAGGUUGGACAACAGAAUGUUUGAAAGACUGGUGGCCCUUCCUAGCAUUGGGCAUUCCUGGCAUUCUGGUAAUGGGCUUUGAAUUAUGGGCUUAUCAAAUUGCAAUGUUAUUAGCAGGUCUUAUUAACUUAGUGGAACUUGGAGGACAAUCUGUUCUGACUCAGUUAAUGACCCUAAUCCACAAGAUUCCCAUUUCUGUUGGCAUGGCUGCAAGCAUCAGGGUUGGCAUUUUUUUAGGAGCUGGAGAAACUGAUCAAGCAAAGAGAUCUGCUAAAUUGAGCAUGGUUGUAGUAGCUUUAUUUACACUGAUAUUCUUCAUUUUACUUCUUGUCCUGAAGAAACCACUUGGAGAAAUAUUUACCAAUGAUAAGGCUAUUAUUAUUCUGGUGUCCCAAACCAUGCCCAUCUGUGCCUGCUUUUAUGUUAUUUGUUCACCGGCUGCUGUUUUCAAUGGACUACUUAGAGGCAUUGGGAAGCCAGAGAUUGGGGCAUUGGCACUUGUUGUAGGUUACUGCCUUAUCACUUUUACAGUUGGUGUACCCCUCAUGUUUCCAUUGAAACUAGGUAUAAAAGGUUUUUGGAUUGGAAUAAUUGCUGGGUUUGCUUGUAUUGAUCUCUUCUUUUCUAUAUAUUUCUGGAAAGUAAACUGGAACCUUAUGACAGAAAAGGCUAAGGAACUUGUAGGCAUGAGAAAGAACCUUGGAUUUUUUGAGCAUAGUAUUGAUGUUCCAGAUGACAGGGAACUUACCAACUAUGCUGCCCUACAUUCCAGCAGUAGUGAAAUUGAGCUCCAACAAAAAGAUACUUCAGAUGUGGCAGAAGAGGACAGAAAAGCUUUGAAGUGGCUCAUCAUCCGACGGAGUUUAGAGGCACUUGCGGUUAUUUCAACUUUGUUUAUUGGACUUAUUAUAAAAUUCACUGUUAAACAGCACUAGCUGCAAUCCCACCAGCAACAGUGCAGUUAUGCAUGUCAUUCUGUAUAGUAGGGUCUUUUUAUACUAGUUCACUUUAUUGCUGUGCAUUAAAAAAAAAUAAUAAUAAUGUACAGACACUGACAAGACAUAUACAACAGCUAAAGCUUGGCUGUCUAAAAUUAUUUGUGUCUGAGGUCAAAACUAGGCUCUCCAUGACUGUACUCACCCAUGGCCAAAUAAAAAAAAAAAGUUUAGGAACCCUACACAUUUUUGGCUGCUGCUCUUCACUCAUGCCUACAUGAACUUUUAUAUGAUUACUAUAACCCUAUUCUAUGAACUUGGUUAAUCUACCCUCCCCCCCAUUAAUUAUACACUUAGAAUAAUGUUGAAUUUGUAAAACGAACUGCAGCAACUUUUGUGCUUCUUUCUUUAAGACCCCUUUCACACUGGGGCCACCCUUGUAAAAAAAAAAAAAAAAAUGCUUUACCGCUUUUUGGCCGCUAGUGGGGCACUUUUAACCCUGCUCCCAAACCGCACCAAAGAUCCUGCUUGCAGGACCCAUUGCAAUGAAUUGGAGGCAGUUUUUAUGCAAUUUAAAGGUGCUAUUUCUAGUGCUAAGAUGCCUGAAAACCGACCCAGUGUGAAGAGCUUAUUCCAUAGUGGUGACUACUCAUUGGCCCAGAUUCAGAUACAAAUGCGUAUCUUUAGGCGGGCGUAGCGUAUCUCCUAUACGCUAUGCCGC